AUGGUGCACAAAGCUUGUGCCCUGAGCCUUCUGCUUGGCCUUUUCCUAAGCUCUGUUACACAAGCUGAGAAUAUCACAAGUGACUCUUUCUUUUAUGGUCAAUCUCCGCCGGUCUACCCAUCUCCGGAGGGUACUGGCUCUGGAUCAUGGGCCUCAGCUUAUCAAAAAGCCAAAGAGUUUGUAGGCAAGCUCACCCCGGAGGAAAAGGUGAACUUGACUGCGGGAAUUUCAGUCGACAAUGGGUGUUCGGGCAACAUCGGUUCGGUUGAGCACCUCGGGUUCCCUGGAUUCUGCGUGUCUGACGCUGGCAAUGGAUUGAGAGGGACCGACUUUGUCAGUAGCUGGCCGAGUGGGAUACACGUCGGAGCUAGCUGGAAUAAGAAGUUGGCCAAACAAAGAGCAGCUCACAUGGGCGCCGAGUUCCGCAGAAAAGGCGUGAACCUUCUGCUUGGACCUGUUGUCGGCCCUAUUGGCCGCGUUGUUGAAAGCGGACGAAACUGGGAAGGCUUUUCGACCGACCCUUAUCUGACCGGUGCACUUGUGUAUGAGACAGUCGAUGGUAUACAGUCGGCAGGAGUGGGAGCCUCUACCAAGCAUUACAUCGCAAAUGAGCAAGAGACAAAUCGGAACCCAGGGCAAAAUUCACAGGGUGAAGCUGUGGCUGCAGUAUCCUCCAACAUCGAUGACAAGACCAUGCAUGAACUGUACCUGUGGCCCUUCCAGGAUGCUGUGCUAGCUGGUAGUGCAUCAAUUAUGUGCUCUUACCAACGCAUCAACAACUCUUACGGCUGUCAGAACAGCAAGACUCUCAAUGGUCUUCUCAAGACUGAACUAGGAUUCCAGGGCUAUGUGGUCACUGACUGGGGUGCUCAGCAUGCCGGUAUCGCAGCAGCUAAUGCCGGUUUGGACAUGGUGAUGCCUUCCUCAGCAUUAUGGGGUGGCAAUUUGACAACUGCAAUCGCCAAUGGAUCCAUGGAGGCCUCCAGGCUGGAUGACAUGGCUACUCGUAUCAUAGCGACUUGGUACCAGUUCAAUCAAGACACAGGUAUCCCAAAUCCAGGCAUCGGAAUGCCCUCAGACGUGAGCGCCCCGCAUGUGAAGGUGGUCGGGAAAUCCGCAGAUUCAAAGAACAUCUUGCUCCAGGGAGCCCUUGAAGGACACGUUCUGGUCAAAAACACAAACAACGCGCUGCCAUUGAAGAAGCCUGAUCUGGUGUCGGUAUUCGGGUACGAUGCCAAAGGGCCAGACUUCUUAGAUGUCUCGCUCGGCUGGACUCAGGGCACUCCUGCGACGCAGAAUAGCACUUUGUACGUUGCAGGAGGCUCAGGUGCCAACUCAGCUGCCUACGUGGAUAGUCCCAUCGAUGCCAUUCAACACCAGGCUUACUCCGACGGUAGCUCUGUAAUGUGGAACUUUGAUUCCCAAGACCCGGAUGUGGAUCCCACCUCGGACGUCUGUCUGGUGUUUGUCAACAGCUAUGCCAGCGAGGGCUUUGAUCGUCCCGGGCUGAGUGAUGAUUACAGUGAUACUUUGAUCACCAAUGUGGCGAGCAAGUGUUCUAACACUGUAGUCGUUAUUCACAAUGCGGGUAUCCGAGUGGUCGAUGACUGGAUUGAAAAGGAUAAUAUCACGGCAGUCAUGUUCGCCCACUUGCCUGGCCAGGAUGCCGGCCGCGCAAUUGUUGACCUCCUCUAUGGCCAUGCCAACCCAUCUGGCAGACUACCAUACACCGUCGCCAAGCAGGCAAGCGACUACGGAUCACUGUUGCACCCUUCCGAGCCGGAAGGAGAGUACUGGCAGUAUCCGCAAUCAGACUUUAGCGAAGGAGAGUUCAUCGAUUAUCGCGCAUUCGACGCACAGGGAAUUGUCCCUAGAUUUGAAUUCGGAUACGGACUGUCGUAUACAACCUUCAAAUACUCUGGUCUUCAAUUACAGAAGAAGAGCACACCCUGGUCAACGUAUCCACCCGCAGCCAAGAUCGUGGAAGGCGGCAAUCCACACCUGUGGGAUGAGCUCGUGAAGGUUUCGGCUACUGUGCAAAACUCCGGCUCGGCGAAUGGCGACGAGGUGGCACAGUUGUACGUUGGCAUCCCGAACGGUCCUGUGCGCCAACUGCGUGGAUUCGAGAAGGUGUCUUUGAACAAGGGAAAGAGUGCAAAGGUUACGUUCUCGCUGACAAGGAGAGACCUGAGUAGCUGGGAUAUCACUGCGCAGCAGUGGGCUCUUCAAAAGGGGCAGUACAAGAUUUGGGUGGGACAUUCGAGUCGGAACUUGCCACUUGGGAGUACCUUUACUUUCUAA